AUCCAGCACCCCAUGCAUUAACAUCUACGCGUACGCCUACAGCAUAUUCUUCAUCCAACCCUCCCAUAAUCCAGGGAGUACAUACAGACAAAAUGGCACCAUCCCCACCACCAUCCCACCAAAAGGGCUCCUCCGGAGUAGGCCGCAUCCUGCUCCCCGCUAUCGUCCUCGCCCUCGCCGUCCUCUACAAAGUCUACCUGCACAAUAUCCUCAUCCUGGGCCUCAACAUCGGCUUCACCGUCCAACCCAUCUCCGACUUCCCCUACGACUGCCAGAAAAUCGAACACCCCCUUCUCACCAGCUGCGAAGACGUCUACCUCGACGCGCCCGGUCGCAAGCUCUACGCUGCGUGUGGCGAUCUGCAGGCCCGGAAGGGCUGGUGCCCCGGUGGUGGGAGGAUGGAUCCCAGCGCGCGGUCGGGGUCGAAUUGGAUCUCGGUGUUGGAUGUCGAUCGCCCCGGGGACGAUGGGCUGUUUGGGGUGCGGAAGGUAGAGAUUGGGGGUGGGUUUUCCGGGGAUUUGGAUCUGCAUGGCUUUGAUGUCAAACAGCUAGAGGAUGGGAGGGUACGGUUUUGGUUGAUUAACCAUCGUCCGCCGGUUGGGGAGAACGGGGAGGUGCUGGACGCGAGUGUUUUCGGGGCGAACUCGACGAUCGAGGUCUUUGAUUUGGAUCAAAGGCGGGAGGUCCUGGAAUAUGUGAAGACCAUCGCGAGUGAGGCGGUCGUCACGCCGAAUAAUCUGGCUGUGGAUGAUGACGGGGUCGGGGUUGUGGUUACAAACGAUCAUAGCCGGAAGAGCGGGUUGAUGAAGAAGUUCGAGAUCAUUGUGGGAGGGGGGAGUGUUGCGCAUUGUCGGACGGACUCUGGGGAGUGUCGCAUCGUGGCGGAGAAGGGAUUCCACUCGCCAAAUGGGGUUACGAGGGGGAAGGAUGGGCUGUUCUAUGUGGUGAAUGCGGCGGCUGGGAAGGUGUUGGUUUAUGAGCUGGUGGAGGGUCAGGUUCGUCGCGUCGAUGAGAUCGAUACGGGCUUUGCCAUGGAUAACCUGUCUGUUGACGAGGAGGGGAGCAUCAUCGCAGCUGCGUUUCCGGAUUUGAUGGGCGUGUUGAAGGCUUUCGACAAUCCGAACACAGUGAACGUUGCGAGUGCCGUUCUGAGGAUUACGAAAGGUGAAGUGGACGGUAAGACUCAGUAUGAAGUGGAAAAGAUCAUUGAGGACAAGGAGGGAAAGAUGCUCUCGACCAUCACGACGGCCGCGAAUGAUCUUCAGUCUGGACAGCUCUUCACGGGAGGGAUUCUGACGCCGUUUCUCACUGUGUGCAAGAAGCGAGCGUAGGUUCGUGUUUAUAUAGCAGGGACAUGAAGUGGUAUAUA